CUUCAACACUCUUAACGAUCGAGAUCAAGCAAAAACCAAAACCACUUAUCACUUGCUGGAAAUGUGACCUAGACCCCACUUAACACACUUUCCACUUCUACUAUAUAAUCACCCCUCUACCCAUCUUAUUCAUCACACCUCUCUCUCUGUCUCUCUCUAAAUUUGUAGUUAUGCAUGCCUCUUUGCACUUCACCACCACCAACACUCCACCAUCCUCUUCCACACUUCUCAAAAAUCCCAUUCAAAUUACUCGCUCUCCCACAACACAGAUCACAUGCAAAAUCCUCAUCAACCCAUCCAAGAAAACCCUACACCAGAAAACCCAAAAACCUCUAUGGCCAACCUUGCCACCUUCGAACACUAAACCAUUGUUACCACAAGUGAACCCUAUCAAACCCAAUAUUUACCAAUCUCGCCUCAACCCACUUCAAAAAUUAGCAGCCUCACUCCUGAACACAAUAGAAACCUCACUGAUAGAGCCACUAGAAAAGAAGCAAAGUUUGCCCAAAACCAUUGACCCGGCGGUCCAAAUAUCCGGUAAUUUCUCACCGGUUCGGGAGUGUCCAGUUCAGUACGGUUUAGAGGUAGUGGGUCAAAUCCCAGAUUGUCUACGUGGCGUUUAUGUCCGAAACGGCGCCAAUCCAAUGUUUGAGCCGGCAGGCGGACACCACUUGUUUGAUGGGGACGGUAUGAUCCACGCGCUCACUCUAGGCUCAGCUAACCGAGCCAGCUACAGCUGUAGGUACACCCGCACGAGCCGGCUCGAGCAAGAAGCCAAGAUGGGCCGGUCUAUAUUCCCGAAGCCGAUUGGUGAGCUUCAUGGUCACUCAGGACUGGCUCGGCUCUUCUUGUUCAUGGCUCGAGCCGCAGUCGGCUUGGUUGACUGCUCUCGUGGGACUGGCGUGGCUAAUGCUGGCUUGGUUUAUUUUAACGGACGAUUAUUAGCCAUGUCCGAAGAUGAUCUUCCGUACAGUGUGAAAGUCAAGGGUGAUGGUGAUCUUGAAACAAUUGGACGGUUCGAUUUUAACGGUGGGCUGGACCGGCCCAUGAUUGCUCAUCCCAAGCUGGACGCCGUAACGGGUGAGCUCCACGUGCUGAGCUACGACGUGGUGAAGAAACCGUACCUCAAGUACUUCAAGUUUGGCGCGAGCGGGACAAAGUCACGUGACGUGGACAUCACGCUAGACCAACCAACCAUGGUGCAUGAUUUUGCUAUAACCCAGAACUAUGUGGUGAUCCCGGAUCAGCAAGUGGUAUUCAAGUUAUCCGAAAUGUUCAAAGGCGAGUCGCCGGUCAUCUACGACCCGAACAAGACGUCUCGGUUUGGAAUUUUGCCUAAAAACGAUGUGGAUGAAUCGGGGAUUCAGUGGAUUGACGUGCCCAAUUGCUUUUGUUUCCAUUUGUGUAAUGCAUGGGAGGAAACUUCGGAAGUGGGUGACCCGAUUAUUGUUGUGAUCGGGUCGUGCAUGGACCCACCUGAUUCGGUGUUUAAAGAGCACGAAAACAACCCAAUUCGGGCUGAAUUGACCGAAAUGCGAAUGAAUUUGAGGACUCAAGAAUCAAGCCGCCGUGUCUUGGUCCCGGGUUUGAAUUUGGAAGUGGGGCAAGUGAAUAAAGAGGUGGUAGGGCGAAAGAGCAAGUAUGUGUACAUGGCUAUAACGGAGCCGUGGCCCAAGUGUUCGGGCAUUGCUAAGGUGGAUUUGGAAACUGGUUCGGUGACCAAGCAUUUGUAUGGGACCGGCCGGUUUGGAGGUGAACCCUUUUACGUGCCGAAACGGAAAAAUGAUAGCAUGGGAAACCAUGUUGAAGAAGAUGAUGAUGGGUUUAUAAUGGGUUUUGUGAGGGACGAGAUUGAUGAGAGCUCGGAGCUAGUGAUAUUGAAAGCUUCAAGCAUGAAGCAAGUGGGGUUGGUGAGAUUGCCCGCUAGGGUUCCAUAUGGAUUCCAUGGUACAUUUAUUAGUGAACAAGAUUUAAAGGAACAGGCAUAAAUUAAGUGUAGCAUGCAUGUAUAUACUUAUUUAGGCCUUGUGUGAUUAAAAUAGUGUCCCCCAAGAAUGUAAGUAAAUUUCUUCACUACAUGAAUUAUAUGUACGUCGAAUAAGUUUGAUUUAAUCUAGCACUAUAAAAAAAGG